CGGGAAAAAACUCGCUCGAUCAACGUUCAUAUAUACGCGACUCUCUAUUACGGUAGCUCUCGAGCAAACACUUGAAUGUGGAAUUCACAGACCAGUUUGGUUCAGUUCUUCCAAAUUUCUCGAUAAAGUUAUCAAAAUGGAAUGUAGGGCGUUAUUUUCACCGAACGGAUAACGAAUUUGUGAAUACUUGCUAUGGAUAUCAUGUAAACCGUUUGGAGGUGCUGAGAAAAACCAAUUGUGACUGGGAGAAUCCCUCAACAAAGUUAUUGUUCGUCCAUCUAUCUAUUGAACGGAAGUUUGAAAUGGAGUUACCUGCCGCUAUGGCCCAUCUCCUUCGUAUCCUGUGGCUCGCCGCGGCCGUGUUCCACGGAGCGGCACUUGCAGCUUUUGAUACUCAUCUCUCUAAUUAUGAAGAGCAGGGGUAUUCACUAUUUAACGCAUCUCUUGGAAGUGAAUGGUCAUAUUCACUUCAUCCAACUUUAACAGGGGAAGAUGCCAAAGAAAACAUUGAAAUUGACAUUUAUACAGGAGAAUUAUCCCUGUCAAAAACUAUGGAAUGUUACAUGCUUCAUGAGAACCCUUUCUUGGUUUAUGUGCAAACUCGUGGAAGAACUACAGUUUUAGGCUCAGAAAAAGUUGGUUUGUAUGUGAUGUUACCUAUAGCAAUUUAUGUUCAUGGGUUUGGUUGCCAUCCAAAGAAAGCCAAGAAAAAGAAUUUCGAUCAGGAUGACAUUGAACACACCCCUCUAUCUGCAACACGACCACUGCAGAUAAUGAUGGAAUAUCCAGAAGGAACAUGCUGGUUUCCUGGAGAUAUCUUGUUGAACCUCAAUAACUUCCUUCCUAAAUCACUUUCGGGCUGUCAAAUUAAAUACUUUAUGAGUAAUGGCAAGGAGCAUGAUUUUGAUAUUGAUGCUGCGUCAGGUAAACUACGUAUAGAAAAUGAUGUGGUUUGUGUUUUUGAACACCAAUCAGAACAUAUAAGUGGAUCAGUACACAUUCCGUCAUCUUGCUUAGCAAAGCCUCCUUCUUACUUGACAGACAAAGUGGAGGAGGAGAUGGUGCCUAUUCUGAUUGAGUUGCGAGCAUCAGACACUAAUCGUUUGAAUGCUGAUGAAACAUCAAGAAAACGAGAAGUUGUUCUAAAACGCUUCAGAAGGCAACUUAGGAACACAUAUCCAACAUUCAGUCAGCCCAUAUAUACCCGUCAAGUACCAGAAAAUGAAGAUGAAGGAUAUGUUGUGGCAACAAUCACUGCAACGGACAAUGAUGAUGGUGAUAAUGGAAGAUUAUCGUACAGCCUUGUAGCUCUUGGCGAUGCUCGCAGCCAAAAUAUGUUUGCCAUCGAAGAAAACACAGGAAUUAUCACAACCACUACUUCACUUGAUCGGGAGCAGAUUCAAUCUCAUUCAUUUCGUCUCACAGCAACAGAUCAUGGAACCCCUCCAAAAUCUGCUCAAGUUUAUCUGACGGUCAAUGUAGAGGAUCGCAAUGACCAUACCCCUAUAUUUGAACAACCAAGCUAUGUGGAGACCACAAAUGAAGGUCAGAACCCAGGAACCUUGAUUGCCAGGGUGAGGGCAUCUGAUAAUGAUGUUGGGCCUAAUGCUGAAAUCAGGUACAGCAUCGUGAACAACGAGAGUCCGAAUGAUGUUUUCACAAUGAACCCCACAAGUGGAGAGAUUAAGACCUUGGUGCGAUUGGACAGGGAACUGAUUGAAAGAUAUAAUAUAUUGGUGAUGGCUCAAGAUAUGGGUACUGAUCCUGGAAAGAAGAAUUCAACAGCAGAAGUGUUGCUGACAGUUCUUGACUUGAAUGACAAUUCCCCUCACUUCUCCCAAUUGAGUUAUGAGGUAUCUGUACGGGAAGAUGUAAGUCCAGGUGACCCUGAGAGCCAAAUUCUGCAUGUCAUGGCUACAGAUGCUGAUGAAGGUUCUAAUGCCGAUGUCCAUUUCAGUUUGACCCAUGGCAACUUUGAGAAUCGCUUCAGGAUUGAUUCGCUAAAUGGCUAUAUCUCACUUCAAAAUGGUUUGGAUUUUGAAACAACAAGGAGUUACAGACUGAGCAUUCGUGCCCAGGAUUCUGGUAAUCCACCAAGGGAGAACACAACAACUGUUACAGUAACAGUUAUAGAUGUGAAUGACAACAAACCUCAGUUUACCCAGAAUGUUUACCAGGGUAUAGUGCGGGAAGAUGUUGAUGUUGGAUACUCCAUAUUAUCAGUGAUGGCAAGAGAUGAUGAUCAGUUGGAAAAUGCCAGGAUAACUUUCUCUGUUCCAAACCCUCCUAGUGGAUUUCCUUUUGAAAUCAAUCCUACUUCUGGUUCUAUAACAAACAGUGUCAGUCUUGACAGAGAGUCUGGUCAUACUUGGGAGUUUAAUGUCAUUGCAGCGGACCAUGGAGAACCUCCUAAAUCAUCCACAGCUUCGGUCACAAUCACUGUAACUGAUGUAAAUGACAAUGCUCCAAUCUUUCCUCAAGAUGUCUAUUAUGCCUCUGUGGCUGAAGAUGCUUACCAUGGUUUUGAGGUGUUGACUGUGACAGCAACAGAUCCUGAUGAACAGAAUGCUAUUUCCUAUAGGAUAGUAGAUGCCCUGGACCCUACUGGCCGUAUCCCUUUCAACAUUCUCACACAAAACAAUGAAGGAACAAUUACUGUUACGUCUCAACUGAGUUACAAUGCAAAGUCAUUUUAUUCUUUGGCAGUUACAGCAUCAGAUAGGCAGUUUGAAAGCACUUGUACUGUGUACGUAAAUGUGACUGAUGUUAAUGAUUUUGCUCCAGUGUUCCAUAACUCACCCUACAAUGUUUAUGUCAGUGAAGGUGCAGAUAUUGGAGAGGUUAUUGUUAGAGUGUCAGCAUCAGACAAUGAUGCCGGCGCUAAUGCAGAAGUAAGCUACAGUAUGGAUCCUUCUCCAGUGUUUGAAAUUGAUGAAGAGAGUGGUGAGAUUCGCACCAAGGUUCUUUUAGAUCGUGAAGAUAUUUCCUCAUAUACCUUGUAUGUGACUGCAAGUGAUCAUGGAAUAAACCCACAGCAAUCAAGGGCAUUUGUUCAAGUCACUGUCCAGGAUAUAAAUGACAAUUCUCCAGUGUUUGAAGAAACAAGCUACAGUGCUGAAAUCCAAGAGAAUUCCUUAGCCUUUACCAGUGUCAUCACAAUUUCUGCAUCCGAUGCUGAUCAAGGUUUGUAUAUAUAUAUAUAAUCUAUUUUGUUCUUAAACCAAACCAUUACAUUUUGUGAAGUUUCAAAAUUUAUCAAUAUGAUUUUGAAAUUAUCAGACAGUACAUGAAAUGAUGUAUGUUAUUUUUAUCCAUAGAAUUUAUUAUACCUUCAUCAAACAAAGUUAGAAAGGGGUAUACUAGUCUAAGGUUCAGCAGACAGUAAAUUGUACUUACUCAGUUUCCACAGACUGCCCGGGAGAUUUUUUGCACAUAUAUGGUGAUAUUUGGAAGUGAACAUAUACAAGUAUAUGCUAAAGAGUAAAGAUAUAUUUUAAUGUGUUUGAUGCUGCUUUACCACAUAUAUGGCAAUGAAUCUAAAAUAUAUCUUGUGCAGCAAACUAAUUUCUUAGUUUUUUGGCCAAUGCUCAUGAGACAUGCUCAUGAGACAUGCUCAUGAGUCUUGGAGUGAAAAGGUGCAAGACACAAUUUUCAGAAGCAUUGGUUGCUGUUUUUUUAUUUAAAAUUUGUGAUGUAGUGAUUCUUCUGAAUUUUGUCUCAUGAUGAUAUAUAGAGCCGAUUGAUUGAUUUUAUUUUUUUUUCUGUUGGUUUCAUUUUGCAGACAAUAUUCCCCUAGAUGUAUUAGGCAAUAGAAUAUGUCAAGUUUAAAUAUUUAUUGUGUAUAUUUCUACACAUUCACACUAAACUUGUUAUACUUGCAUUUAUUAAAGGGAUACUCUGGGCUGAAAGUAUAGAGUAAAAAUCAUGGAGCACAGAAAAUCAUUUCAUACUUUAUUAUAUAUCUCCCUUGUAACAAAAUUUGAAGUUGUAGCGGUGAUUAUCUUACACAUUAAAUCAGUAGUCAAUCAAAUUUUCCAUGUUUUUUUAAAGACAAAAUUUGAAUAAACAUUUUCAUAUAAUAAAAUACAGAAGAAUAAUUGGCGAUACAAUAUCAUCAACUUGCUUUAAACUGCAUAUUCAUGAAGAAAUGCAGAGAACCGUUUCACCAAAAUAAUGCAAACCUUGACUGCUUGAAUAUGUCUAAACUUUGUUAUUCCUUGUCUGAUUUUGAUGACAUUUCUGUGUUUGUCUGAUUUCACUUCGCCUGUUCAAAUCAUAUGUGUUCAGCCUGGAGUAACCCUUUAGAAACAAUCUACAAUGAUGAAAUUAAAAAAAAUAUAUUGUUAAUCUCUUGAUACACCCUUCGCCAAUCUAACAGAAUGCUUGAUCAGUAAUGGCACAGCAUUAUUCAAUUCAUGCAAAUGUUGUAAACCAAGAAAGACAGAAACUGACAGAUCAAAGGUCUGCCAAGAGAAGUGGCUGAUUGCUUUACUCCAUCAUAAUAGGCCUAUCCAUUAUGAAGAUAUCUCUUAUUGAAAUCAUACAUGUAUGAUAAAUUCCUCUUUUUUUCAUUUACCCAUCUUGUGGGGAGAAAUGUCACUUUGCUGAAACAUUAUAAAGAUAAAAUCUAAAACAUUAGUGCACAUGAAUGUUGUCUUGUUUUUUAAUUGGAAGAUAAAUUCAAAAUUGUGUGAUACACAUUUCUUGACAGGUAUGCCACUUUGAACUCUAGGGCAGUGUUGUUGUGGCUAUUCCCUACAACUUGGUCAGUUAAUUCAAAUGUUUGUGUGCAAAUGGGAGACGUUAUUCAAAUGCAAUUUUAACAUGGGACAAAGAGAGUCCAGAAGUGUUGACUCACAUCCAAUGGACUGUAUGGUUACUCUGUCUAUUUACUCACUGAUUGAUUGUUCCAACACAGGAGAACAGAAAAAUCUGAAAAAUCUGAAAUAUUUCUUUGUUUACUCAUAUGGCCUCGAAACGGAUAUGUCGCCAUAAGUUGUUUUUUUAUUCCGAGCAAAUGACCUAUAUAGCCCCGGGCUAUAUUACCCAUACGGAUAGGUUGUCAUUACAUCGUUAACAAAGCUUAUAUCAAAUCACAGCUCUCCCCUACUCAUAGGAAAAUCAUGCAGGGGCUUCUUUAAAAGUGGAAAAGACACUUACAAAAUGGGCUCCUGGGGGGGGGGGGGGGGGAGAACCACUCCCAUACCACUGUCCGACAUCAUAAUGCAUACAUGCAACGUUGCUGUAUCCAAGAUGAAAAUAUAUAUUCUUUGGAUCAUGUAGAAAGGAAUGCAAGGUAGAAAGGAACGCAAAGCAGAAAGGUCUGAUUAUUUAAGGGGCUGUGGGACGGAGUGAUGAGGCCUCAGGCCCAUGAUUUUCAUUAAUCGUGUACAAAAAAAAUGAAAUUGUGAUUCUAUGCAUGUUCAGUCCUAGUCGGUUCAUGUAUUGAUUUGCGACUAAGGGAAUAGAACGAGUGAAAUUUGCAUCUAAUGGGCCUACUAAAUGUUAUGAGAACAUACCACCUCUGGAAAGCAACCAUAUUUCAAUUUAUUAUUUUGGGAACCAGAAUAUAUUUUGUUCACUUGAUACAAUAUUUGCUUUGUUACUGCACUUUCUGACAGAAAGAUAUUCUAACUUACACUAUAAUAAUGCUGUUUUUAUCACGUUGUUUAAGCCCUUAACUUUAACAACUAAUGUUUAAAGUUUUAAACAGGUUGUUUUGCGUUUUGUUUUGUUUUGUUUAAAUGUGUAAUUACAUCAUAGUUAUUUGGAGUAAAUAUUAUAGUGGCGUAAAUCCGAUCCGAGCAGUGGGGGAUGCUGUUACUAAAAUUGUGUGUGCCCCCCCCCCCCACGUCAAGGCUAUGUAUAUGUGCAUGGAAAGGGUUCAUAAUACUACCAUCUAUCACUUCCGAUUGCUGAUGUAAUGGUUUUGUUGUGAUACAAACUAGUUUGGCUGACCAUGCGAGCGACCAAAUUUUCAGUAGUUGCUAGACUGAAGGGUGUCCCAAAAACUUUUUCCCAAGGUUGGGUAAGUAUAUAUGUAUGGGGAGGGGGGCUAAAAGCUUGCAGCGAGCGUAUAAUGAGCGAAAGUUGAAACAGAUGCAAAUGCAAAGGAAAUGCAGAAAGUGAAGAGAUAAUCAUUUUACAUGUUUAAUUCAUAUUUAGAAAUGAUACAUCAUUCAAAUUCUAAACAAAAUUUCAUUCACAUUUACAGUUGUAACAAUAUCAGCAAAAAAAAGUUAAAUGGGUUCCUUGUACAUAAUAAGCUACCAUAAGCAAAAAUAAGGGCAGCUAUAUAUGUAGCAUUUGAAAUAUUAGACGAACUUUUUUAUUUUCAUUACGGUUCUAGAUUCUAACUUAGUGUUGAAUUAAACAGAGUGGACAAUGGACAUCUGGUUAAAAUCGGGAUAUUGACAGAACAAGUUAUACUUUUAUCGGGCAAAAAGGUCAUCCAAUUUCAAAUUGGCCUUCUUUUUGACGGAAACUAGCUUAUCAAAGCCUUAAAAUGGCAAAAUUGAAAAAAAAGAAAUCUCACUUUUUCGGCGUCAGUAUUAUUAUUUCUUGCAAUCGGAAGUAGUCCACCUCUUUCUUGGUAGAGUGUAAUACCACAAAAUAACAAUUGGUUAAGUGAUAUACCACACUUUACACACGGAUGUGGAUUUUGGCGUGAUUAUAGCGGCAUAUAGGUCUGUAUGAUCAUGACAAUCGUAUAUAUUUGUAGAAUGUAUGUUCAUGUAUAUGAUCGAGGUUUCAUGUUGCUGAUUUGUUUGUCUACAUGUUGGUAGUUUGUUUACACGGAUGAAAUUACAAAGAAUCACACUAUAUAUAUGAAAAAAACACUUUAUAAAAAGAGCACAAAUAUUCAUCUUCAGAUGAGACAUCCCAUGGUGAGAAGAUGACUAAUGAUUGUAGAAUUUUUGGAAGUCAAUUUAAUUAGUUUCUCCUAUACGGGAUUGUUAUUAUUGCAAUACGAUUUGUAGCACUUUCUUCGUUUGUUGCAAAGUCGAAUGAAAGGUAUCUUUAACAAUACAAACUCAGAAAAAGUAAUCGAUUUUGGAAAAGGGGGCAUCUUAAAAUAAGCCCGUGGGACUAAUUGGGAUUCAAAAUUACAAAUGCAUUUACAAAAAGACAAAAUGAUUCCCAAAAAUACAAUUUCUGGUGGGAUGACAAACUGACAAAUGUGAAUACAUAUGAUUUAUCGUUCUAACUGAGCACAGUGCG